AUGGUGGAUUCCGAGCGCCUCUCAGCCCCCGGCUGCUGGGCCGCCUGCUCCAACUUCUCACCCCGACAGGGAAUUCUCCUGUUUGCUGAAAUUAUAUUGUGCCUGGUGAUUCUGAUCUGCUUCAGUGCCUUGACAUCAGGAUACUCCUCCUUGUCGGUGACAGAGAUGAUCUUUGCUGCUCUCUUCUUUGUCGUCUACAUGUGUGACCUGCACACCAAGAUACAGAUCAUCAACUGGCCUUGGAGUGAUUUCUUCCGAACCCUCGUAGUGGUCAUCCUCUACCUGAUCACCUCCAUUGUUGUGCUUGUUGAGAGAGGAAACCACUCCAAAAUCGUCGCAGGGGUACUGGGCCUAAUCUCUGCAUGCCUCUUUGGCUAUGAUGCCUACAUUACCUUCCCCUUGCGGCAGCAAAGACAUACAGCAGCCCCUACUGACCCUGCAGAUGGCCCAAUGUAGGUGAACUCCCUCCAUUUCUCUCAGCAACCUGCAAAUAACAC